CGUAUAGUGUCAUAUACAAUAUCUAUAUUUACUAGCUAAGAACUAGGUUUUCAUCAUGAUAUGAAGAUUCCACCUCAUGACUUCAAAGAUCCCGGGACUUUCCAUUCCAAGUAUUAAUUCCUAGAAGUUUACAAGGAUUUACCAGCAGAGAGACUAUUUUUUUUGAAAGUCGAAUUAAAAUGUCACAUUCCAAAGAAAAGGAAUUUACAAGAAGUCCUGCGGUUGCCAGAUUAUCAGAGGAAGAUAUAAAGUCCAUUUCAGAGAAACUGAGACUUAAACUAACGCCAGAGGAAUCCAAAGCAAUACACGAAUUCUGUGGAGAUAUUGGUAAAGGUUACCAAAGGAUCUAUGAACUCAUUCCACCAACUCCUACCGUCAAAUACCCAAGGACCCCCGGCUACAGGGAGACAAAGGAUGAUUCUUGGUAUUACAAGUGUGACAUAAAAGGAGCUAAUAAUGGAUUGUUGGCGGGAAAAACAAUUGCAAUCAAAGACAACGUGUGUGUGGCUGGAGUUCCUAUGAUGAAUGGAAGUAAAAUUCUUGAAGGUUUCGUACCUGAUAGAGAUGCUACAGUUGUUACAAGAAUAUUGGAUGCAGGAGGGAGAAUUACUGGAAAGGCUGUCUGUGAAGACCUGUGUUUCUCUGGCUAUGGAUCUACAUUACCCUUAGGACCUGUUAAAAACCCUCAUGAUCCAACAAGAACAACAGGCGGAUCUAGCUCUGGAUGUGCUUCUCUG